AAUAAUGAGAUAUUAGUAAUGAAACAUCAGCUGAAGAGUCAGUUCUCCAUCCCCUUUCUGUAUGAACUCCUGAAUAUUUGUCCAAACAAACUGAAAAAUAAUUAGGAGGAUAAUCCCAGUCCCACUGCCCCCUCUACCUCUUUUCUUUUCAUUUCUCUCUUUCUCUGAAAAGUGUGAGGGGCGAAGGAUUGAGGGAUUGAGAAGAAGAAAAGAAGGACAGAUACACUCAUGCUGAAGCAAAAGAAGAUCCAGCAGAGAUGAAUAGCACAGCUUCCUUCAACAUCACAGCAUCCCUGCUCACCAAUAUCUCCAGCACCCCCAGCCCCGCCCCGCUCCCGUCCCUGCCCCCGCCUGUCCUGCCAGCGCCCCUCCCCACCAUCAUCGUCGUGCUCUGCCUCUUCCUGCUCUUCGCCGGCUGCACAACCUUCCUGGCCAUCUGCAGACCGUCCGCGAGGUCAGGAGACUCCGAGGGGCGGUGUGGCCCCAGCGACCCCCUGCCCUGCAGCCCCGCCCUCUCCAGCGAGCCCCAGCUGCGGCUAUGGAAGCGGCUGGGCUCGGUGCGCCGCUCCUUCACGUCCUCUUUCAGGCGGCCUCCCCAGCGCAGGACAGACCACGGCGCCUCCUCCCCCACCCCCCUUCCACCACACCUCACCGUGCCCUGCCUCUUCGACCACGCCACCGAGAUCUGACCACAAUCUGACUGAACGACCACGCCACCAAAAAUCUGACCUUUCAUACCAUAGAGAUAUGAUCCCACCCUGGCACAGCCAUGCUUUCAACUAAUCACUCCCCUGGGAUUAGUCCACACCCACACCCCAUGGCUGCAGGAAUGAAUGUAACCCAGCGAUCCUGUCCUGCUUGUACAACCACACACACACACACACACACAGACACACAGACACACAGACACGCACACACACACACCCAGGCACACACACAUGCACCCACAUAUGCACACACACACACACGCACGCACACACACACACACACACACACACCCAGGCACACACACAUGCACCCACAUAUGCACACACACACACACACACACGCACCCACACACACACACACACACACACAGGCACACACACACACAUGCGCACACACACAUCUCAGCCCUGUUUGUUGCGGGAUUUUAGGCGUUAGAGUAUGUGAGCAGACAUGAUGUGAACCCGUCCCUUAAGCCCCCAGCUCCUUCACCCCAGCAUGUCACGGAGAGUCAGCUUCAGCCCUUAAGUGCGUAAAACUGGCGAGGGAGCUCCUCGACCCAGAGGCUCCUGCUCGUUACUGUUCACUUCUCGUCUGUUCGAGUUCAGUUUAACAGCAGAGCUUGAUGGAAAGAGGGAUUCCAUAGCCGGAUCUGCACCUCCAUUUAUUGUUGCUUGGCCAAAAAAACACACCCUCCCCAGGAAGGGCACAAAAAAUCAGCACGAAGAGAAAAAAACUUCUGUGGUUAGCAGAUGGGAGAGGGUGCUGAUGGGAGAUGAAGUUAACCUCCCAUGACCACUGUACUGAAAUGUGCAGUGUUUUUCCUACUGACCCACAAGCCCUGCUUCCUUGUAGAUAGAGAUAUUGGCAGCACUUACGGCUGUGUGGUAUUUCAGCCAUUUGUGUUGGUCGUAGUGACACUAGUUGAUCAAAUAAAACUAAUUCAAAUGAAGCAUUCUGAAUGUGUGUGCCUGUGUGGGUGUGUGUGCUUGUAUGUGUGUCUGUAAUAGCGUGUGUGCACGCUAGUAUAUGUGUGUGUGUGUGCGUGUGUGUGUGUGUGCGAAACAGCCGGUUCAGAGCGCCCAGAUGUGCCAGGCUUUCCUAUGCAGGGAUCAGAGUGGCACAGACUAUACAGUAGCAUGUAAGAACGCUCCAAGCACAGGGGCCCUGUGCCCUGUGAGAGGAGAUGCCGUGAUGCCACAGAGGGACCUAUUGUGAAUAUAGUCUGUUUCUUUAUUUUAUUCUGAAAAUAUUCCAGUUUAGUGGUUUGUGUCUUGUGUUCAAUUUGAUCGACAUAAGGACAAGACAGGAAGUGAGAGAGCAGAAACAGAGCCGCGUGACUCAUUUCCUCUUGUACACAGUGUCAUGGCAAGUUCUUUGUUCCACAGGUGAUUGUUCCAUUGUCAUUGGUUGACUGGUUGACUGAUCGCCAUGGUUACCCAGCUAUUACGUCUGGCGAAAGUGCAGCAUCAUCAACGCAGUACCUUACAUAGCAACCACCGGCUGGAGACGCCCGGACCAACUACAACAAGGUCUCCUGUUAGUUCAUAAGCAAUCUAAUCACUUUAAGAAUGAGCCUAAACUAAUCAAAAGUGCUGAAGUGGUGUACAAUGCAUACCACUUUAAUGGCGUUCACUUCUUUUCUUCUCAUUGACAUUUUCACCAAACUGAAACACUCUAUUUACAGAGCUAAGGUGACAUUAGAUAUUGUCAGCUGGUUGGUACACAGUAAUAUUAGUCAGUAGUUAUUGAACACAAAAUAAACAGAGUAAAAUACAACUUUUCUGGUCAUUAGUCUAAGUAUCCAGAGUGGACGAAACCCUUUUGACAGGAGAGGUACGUGUGUCUCAGACCAGCCGCACCACUUUCACAUCAUAUCAGCGAAAGAAGCACUGAAUGAUGUUAUAAAGGGGACACCUGAUCUGUUCUCUGCCAGUUUUUUUGUCAGUCUGCUGUGAAAUAAAGUGAAUGCAUCUCUGUGUGAAAUUAGAUAUUCUCUCUCAUACACCUGCUAUAUAUGUAGUCACAUACACACACAUGCUCUCAUAGACCUUAUUUCCAGGCGCUCCUUCUUUGUUUAAGCAUAAAUGAUUUGAUGAUUUUAUGUAAUAAUAAAAAACAUUGGGAUUCAA